AUAGCUUCUGUCAUGAUUUAGCUUCUGGCAGAAAUGAAGAUGGAAAAAGAUUUCUUUCCUGUUGGAAGAGAAGUUGCUGGAAUUGUAUUAGAUGUUGGCACCAAGGUAUCAUUCUUCCGCCCGGAUGAUGAGGUGGUCGGAAUUUUGCCCUUGGAUUCAGAAGACCCUGGACUCUGUGAAGUUAUUCGAGUACAUGAGCAUUACUUAGUUCAUAAACCAGAAAAGGUUUCCUGGACGGAAGCCGCUGGAGUCGUUCGGGAUGGCGUCCGAGCCUGCACCGCUCUGUAUUAUCUUUCUCAUCUCUCGCCCAGAAAGUCCGUGCUGAUCAUGGAUGGAGCAAGUGCAUUUGGCACAAUAGCCAUUCAGUUAGCACACCAUAGAGGAGCCAAGGUGAUUUCAACAGCAUGCAGCCUGGAAGACAAGCAACAUCUCGAAAGGAUUAGGCCUCCUAUAGCCCGUGUGAUUGAUGUCUCUAAUGGGAAAGGCCAUGUGGCUGAAAGCUGUCUGGAGGAAACAGGUGGCCUGGGAGUAGAUAUUGUCAUAGAUGCAGGAGUGAGAUUAUAUAGUAAAGAUGAUGAACCAGCUGUAAAAUCCCAACUACCACAUAAGCACGACAUCGUCACACUUCUUGGUGUUGGAGGCCAUUGGGUAACAACAGAAGAAAACCUGCAGCUGGACCCUCCAGACAGCCAUUGCCUUUUCCUCAAGGGGGCAACGCUGGCUUUCCUUAAUGAUGAAGUUUGGAAUUUGUCAAAUGUACAACAGGGAAAAUAUCUUUUUACGCAUCUUAAGAGACGUGAUGGAGAAGUUAUCCGCCGGUAUUUUCAGACCGCUACUUGAUGAACCCAUUCCACUGUAUGAGGCAAAAGCUUCCAUGGAAGUUGUUCAGAAAAAUCAAGAAAGAAAAAAGCAAGUUGUUCAAUUUUAAUUUUCUUUCCCAGAUCUCAGUUGGAUGCACCCAUACCAGCAUAUGAAGCCAGUUUUCUUUGGAAAUUGUUGAGAAAAAUCAAGGAAGAUCAAACAAGUUUUUCUAUUUUUAAGCCUGUUUUCCUGCCAUAAUAAGAUGUUUGGUUAUUUGACAUAUUUGAAAAAUACUUGCAAAAUUAAUGUGCAAACAAUCCAGGUAUUUUUUAACAUCUGAAAGGGAUGUGCCAAAAACCAUUGUUAUUGUAGCUAUACAUUUGCCUCUGCUAUAAAAUUCUUUCCAUAAAGAAAACUGCUUUCAGCAAAAGCCACACUAUCCUGUCAGUACAUCCUCACAAGCUUUUGCUAGACCAUGAAAAUGUUGUUUGAUUUUGUAUCAACUCCAUUCUCAACACCUUUCUUAACAAGCCUUUCCUGCCAUUA